GAAUUAGCACACUUCAACCCCUGCUAACAGCAACCAUGUUCACGCACAUCCGUAGUACUUAGUCAAUCAGUCAACCUUUAAAACAAGUAGUAAAAUAACUAACAUUAGACGAAGUCAGUGCAAUAAGGAGUAGGCUUGGUAAAAGCAAUGCUAGUUGUGCUAGUGCUAGUAUUUACUAGUCAGUGAGCAAUAUCCAAGCAAUGCAGUUGUUAUUGUGGUGUUUAAGUAAAUACAUAUAAAAGUAUAGUGCACUACUUGCUAAUCGCCGGUUAAACUCUACAGUGCUAUUUAUUAUAAACAUAAAAUAAAACUUCCUACUACUCAACAUAUUUGGACCAUUGCUAAGAAGCGAAGGCUAAGGUUUUUAAUUGUUAAAAACACUAGUAUAUAUAUUUUGAAGAAGGAAACGUUUUAUCAUGUCUCUAAUCAAUUCUACUACAAAAACGGUAAAUGAUGAGAACGUUUGCAUUAAAAACAUUGGUAAUGAUGGACAUGAUAGUAUUGCCAAAGACAAAAACCCACAACAAGAACAGCAGCAGCAAUGCGAAGUAAAACUAAAGAAGCCCAAUCGUUAUCUGGAGCAACGGCAAAAACUUAGAGUUUAUAACAAUGUUUCGACAGAUUCUAGUAUCUCAACAAAUUUCCGUGGUAUGACAUCAACAAAUGCGAACGAUUAUAUGUCUGUCCCACAGCAGCAGCAGAAAAUAAUGGGGCAAUCUAAAAAACAUUUAUGCGCUGAAAAGGCUAUAAAUCAAAAGCAUAAAAGUCAAGAGUUUCCUAAACACUCCGAGAAAUUACCGUUAACAAACCAAUAUGAACAGCAACCGCAACCAUUACAUAAAGAUUUACUAAAAAUUAAACCAUCAUCACAAUACCAACAGCAGCAAAAAAAGCUCCAACUUUCUGAUACAAAUGAAAACUACCGCAAUUGCGACUUUAAUUUUAAUAGUAACAAAAAUUCUACGAACAUUUUCAGCAACAUCAACAAUACGAACUAUGAUAAAAAUGUUGACAGUAUUGGUGCUGUCUUAAGUGAAGCCAACAAACCUUACUGCGAUAAGAACGUCAGCAGUAGCAUCGGUGAACGACUCGAUGAUAUCGGGAAUGAAUCUGUCCAAGUUGGCGCAGGGCACAAUUUAAGCGCAAAUAAUUUAGCAUCAAAUAGCGUUAGUAAAUCUUUGAGAGCCCUCGGUUCUGCACCACAAGCCGGCAGCAUGGUAUCUAUCACCAGCGAGCAGCAACUCUGCCAGUUGUACAAUUCACAACAGCAUUCCGAUUAUAUAAUUUCAGAUUAUAUGGAAAAGAUUGCGACGCGUAUUAAUUUAUUAGAUACAGAGUUAAAAUUUGCUUGGCGUGCGCUCGAUUUGUUAUCUGGUGAGUAUGGUAAAAUAUGGGCGCGGUUGGAAAAACUCGAAAAGAUAUCGUUUGAACAGCAGUCAGUUGUGAAUAAUUUAAUAGGUUUAAUAUCACUUAAACAAGAACAACAAGAGCAGAAUCAACAGCUUUCAUCUGAUUGUAUGCCACAUUUAAGCUUUUUAGAUACCUCAAAAUCAGCCGAGAAACAAAAGUUUACACCGUUCGAUUACUGGCUGCAAAGUGAACAAUUAUUGAAGUCUAAUUUGGUUGAAGCCGAACAACAGGCCAUACUUUUGAAUAAUUCCGCUGCUAUACUAUUGCAAGAUAUUGAUACGGAAUGUACUUCAAAGCAAUAUAAUAACCUGUUACAAGAGCUGAAGAACGACACAUUAGAUGCGCUGGAUGCCGUACGAAUAAACAGCGAAUUGGACGCGCUUGACAAAUUAUUGCAGCAGCAAACACAUAAUAUUUGCGACUCUGGUGAAAUAAAUGCCAUACACCGACACUUGCAACAUGAGAACAAAAUCGACUACAACAACCAUUUGCAGGUAUUAGCAGUUGGGCGCGAUCGCCAACGUAAAUUUGAGCACAAACUCGUUGUAAUGGGUGAUGAUGCUAAUGUACCACUGGAAAAACUUGCUGAACGUAAUCUAAGCAGCUCAUUAGUAACGUUGAGCUCAGUACAACGACAAUGUCUAAGAAAUCAGCAAGUACCAGCUAUAUUAUCGGAAGAAACUAAGUCACGUCAAGAGCCAAAUUCCCAUUUAAGCUGGCUCGACUCUUCGAAAGUAACAGAUGCCGAUCUACUACAUUAUUAUCAACAACAAAUGUUGGCUAACGAUGCCAAAAAUGAACUGUUGCAUGAAUUUCUGUAUAGUCGUAAACUGUUGGGGAAACUUACACAGCCAAAAAGUUUUAACAGUCUUGAUCAAUAUAAAAGCAGUUUUGAUGAAGCCACUAAUAUAACAGGUAGUAUGCAGAAUUUGCCGAUGUUAGAUGAUGGGAUAUUCACUGUGGCACUAUCGACAGUGCAGGCAAUAGAUACAAAUGCAUCAGUAUCGAAUACACACUCAACGCAUAUGAGCCCGGAAAUUUAUUGCGAAAAGAAAGAUAUUGAUAGCACAAGAGAUAUGGAUAUGAAUGAUUUUAUUGAGCAGGCUAAGUUUUUUCAGCAAGUGGCCUCUAAGCAAGUCGAACUCUUGCAAGCGGAUGUGCCAAUAGAGGAUACGGGUGGAUCAAUGUUGCCAGUUAUUAGAAACAAUAGUGAAGUGACCGAAGACUUUUAUAAAACACUCAACGAGGCGUAUCGUGAUGACACUCUUAGCACAGAAAUUUCUAAUGUGGAAAGUUUAUUACAGCAUAGUGAAGCCACAAAUGAACAUAUACUGAGCAGUUUGAGCACGCGUAGUAAUUCUGCUUUGGAUAUAAUUCGCGAAGAUAAUGAAGAGAGUGGUAUUGGCGCUAUACUUGCAAUAAAUCCCGAUAUAGCUAACUCUCAGUCACUUGCAAAAACAGCAGUUAUAGCAACAAAAACUUUAGAAGCUUGCACAAAUAUUAUAACAACGACAACGGCAACAAAUACAAAAACCGCAACAACAGUCGCAAGAAGAACGAAGGACACUAAAAAACACAAAAAAAAAAAACAUCACAAAGACGAAAUGGAAAUGUUGAACAAUCUGAAGAGCGCGCUGGCCCAAGCUGCUGUCGUUCAUACAUCAAGUCCUAUACUGCCUAAGAAUUCGCCAAUGCAUUUUAAUUUAACGUUCAACGAAGACCGAUAUGUUCACAAUAACUCAAAUAACUGUGAUUACUAUUCAACCGCUUCAUCUUCGGAAGACGAAUACAGUGCUAAAAAACUUGGCGGAUCUCAGGCUCAUUAUUGUAACCAGCUGAAUGAAGACAAAACCGUGCUCCUCGACAGCACUGGUGAGAUAUUGCUAAUUGAGAUAAACAAAAUACAAGAUCUUCAAGUAUUAAACUCUGCACAAAUAAGUACAUUACGCACACUGGUUAAAAAAGAGCAUACUUUUUUCGAAAAUAUACAUAGAGUUAAUAAGAAUCUUUUAUUACUGCUUCUGAAUCCGAUAACAAUGGGCGAGGAGCUUCGUACACUUGGAAAUGAUAAAUCACGGAAAUUCGAAAGAGUUAUGAAAAACUUAGAACGUAAUAUAGAUACGCUGAAAAAAUUAGUUGGCAACUCCUUUGACGACUAUACACGAAAGUAUUUAACCGAUGAUGAAUUGGUGCUAAUAAAAAAAUCAGAAAAUAAUCUGGCUGAUGACAAAGAAGAUGAGUCGACUAACAUAAAAAAAUCUGAGAAAAAGCAAAAAAAAACUAAAAAUCGAACGAAAGCACAUGUAUUUGACGAUUAUGUAGAUACACACCGAACACAAACAAUACUUGACACAGAUAAAAUGACAUCUGUCUCAAACAGUUCCAGCGAACGUGAUAAGGCACAUUUUGACUAUAGCGCUCACUUGCUUCGGAACAAUUCCAAUUUGGAUGAACAACUAAAAAUUUUAGAAACUCAAGAACAUGAGAUGCGUCUUAAAAAAUUGCAUGAUUCUACCACAGGCUCCACAACCAACCUUAAUGACAUUACAAACAAUAAAAGUGGGCUCAAACAGAAACCACAAUGCAAUUAUUUGGGUGGCAUGGAUAUUGAGUUGGAGCAUAUGCUGUUGCAAACAACAAAUGAAUCACCUAAUAGUCAAGCAAAAACAUUGGGUCGCGCUACUUCGGUAGCAACACUUUACAAUAAUGAUGAGUAUAUUAAGUCGCUAAAACGAAGCCUGGAGCGACACAAUAGCAUGCUUUUUCUUCUACAUUUGCAACAUCCUGAAUACCAAAGUAAAACAAAAGCAUAUCAAGACAUUUUAGCUCUGGACAUUGAUGGCAUACUCUUAGCUGGUGUUGGUGGGACUCAAAGCCCACCACCGCCAGCACCCUACGACGACGAUGCAAAUACAGCCAUUGAUAACGAUAACAAUUGUGCUCAAGAAAAGGCAACCUUGCAUUUAGUAAAUGAUGAUACCGAUGCAGGCAUAAAUAACGUAAUGGUUCCAUCAAUGAGCGCCUUAAAUCCAUUUCUAACACAUAGUGCAUCAUAUAGCAGUGGACAUUUAGAAUUGCAACAUGCGGGACCAAAACAAACCAAAUCGGAUUCUGGUAUUUCAUCUAUAAGCGGUCUAUCAAGCUGGGAAAAGUCCCUCAACUCUACGUUAUACGGAGUUGGCGUUGUUAGUGAUAGUACGAACGCUGAUAAAUACAAUCCAUUUCUUAAUAAGUAUAUGAGUUUGCAGCUACUAAUGUCUGAGGGAUUGGAAUCAGUAAAUAAUAGUGACACUAAUUUGUGUAGCUCGAGGUUAAAUUCAAAGGUUUGGAUGCCCGCUGAUCUGGAUUCGGAUAAUAGUGAUUUGAGAUUAAAUGUUACUAGAGCUACUAAUGCAGAACUGGAGAUCACAAGACGUGCCGUUACCAUAGCGACCGCUAAUUCUAUCAUACCAACGAUAAUUAGCACAACUAAUGCCACUUUUUCCAACACUGACGAUAAAAUAAAUCAGAAAAAUAAUUUAAUGUCCAAACAUUUACAGCAAGAACCAUUAUCGACGGAAAAUAAUUACCUGCUGAACGAAGAAAAUUUGAACUAUAUAUGUGAGUUGUCUAAAAACAUGCCCAUUUGUUCAGUCUAUGAGAGCAAAUCCAUUUUUAACAAACUCAAAGAUGACGCUAUGGAUAAGCAUGUACGCACUGUCGAUGAAGUCCUUGGGUGGGGUCAUCAGCAGCGACAACGGCAGACACCAAAAAGACAGCAGCACAUCGUAACAAACAUAUUAGGUAAUCAAAACAGGCGUAUGCCGGAUCUUUUGCGCACACCCGCCUAUACAACUACGUUCACAGGGGUCGGAAGUACCACUUCUGAUAGGACUAUAUAUAUACAGUCUGAGGGUACAUGUGAAUCAUCCCAAACACGUAAACGACACCUUACUGAUCGUCUUGUUUAUUAUCCAACCUCUAAUGGUAUUACAGAUUAUAAUAGCAGCAAUAACCUAAAUUUUUUUGGUAAGAAUCAUUUAGACUACCCUUAUCAAUAUCAACCUCAGCAGCAAAUGUCAUAUAAUCAUGGUUUAAGAUGCUUAGCUCCCGCUAUGUCUAAUGUGUCAAUAAAAAAUACAGUAAACACACAUCACCAACAUUACGCGCAACAUCACUCAUCAGAAGCCGUCAAUGAACAAGGCAAUCAGAUAUUAAGCCAUAAUCAUUUGAACGAUUCUCGAAAUUAUGUGUUUCAAUCAAAAGAGAACAAGAAUACAGAGUUGUUCACUCCCUAUGUUUUACAUGGUGCGCAUUAUGAUGCUAAUGCAGUACAAGAUAUUGAUAUAGUAGCAUCUACAACGACUGCCGACGUUGUUGAUUUAUCCGGUAGUGAAACAACAUCGAGCACUACAUUUAAAGUUUGGAAUAAGUUUACUAAUUUUUUGCCGGAUAAUUUGAAAUUGAAGCGAUCAUUGCGAUAUGGCCGUUCGCGGUCAUUGCCUUCGGGCUAUAACAAUUACUCGAAAGAUAAAAGACCUUUUCAAACUAGCCAAGAUGAUUGUUACCCUUUAGUUGCUGGUCACAUGGCAUCAUUAAAUUUGACCCGUGAGCACGUCGGACGUAAUUGCAGCAAAGCGUCAGUGCAUAAAGUAGCUACAGCGCCAACAACAAGCUUGCACCAACAGCAGCGUGGCGGUAAACAUUUGGGUGGCAGUUUUGAUUUUUCGAAACGUUUCCACAAACUUCCUACCCAACUGGUGCAGCGUGCUACGCAUCCAGGUGCACGCACCGUUGCUAGCGCAACUACAUCAGACAUAGUUGCUGCCAGCAAUUUAAAUAGCGGUGAUACAAAUAAAAAGGGUGUAGCCGGUAACCAAAAAAAACAUUCACGGUUUUCAACGACUGUGAAUAACUUCAUGCAGAAAGCCAAAACCGGAUACAGGCGUCACAGUUUUAUAGCUCGUGGUGUUACGGAUUCUGGUGCUGCGCCUAUAGUAUAUAGUGUAUCAGAUACAGAAGCAGAUUUACCAAGUUUUAAUUCUUCGGAUAAUGAAGGCUCUAUAGUCAGUGAUAUUGGAAAUUUUGGUACGUUUCCAAUGGCGACUGAAAGACGUGACGAUGGAUGUGAUACUGAUAUAUAUGAUGCGUAUAAAAUUCAACUCCAACCGUACGGUAUGGAGUUUUUUAGUAAGGAGAUUGAAGUCAGGGAAGAUGAUGACGAAGGCGACUAUGAGAAAGCUGUGUUUUCUAGUGUAAAUGUUAGUGAGCUGGGUGAUGUUGCGCAAGUUAAGGAUAAUGACGAAGCAGACCACAUAUCUGAACAGAAUGAAAUUAAAGAAAAUAAUAUGCGUGAUUCAAAUUGCAAGGUGAUUCCCUCGAAUACAUUUAUAAGUCACCAAGAAACAGUAACGGAAGAGGCAAAAGAAAAAGAAGCGUUAAAGUCAACAGUAUUGAAACCACCAGAUCAAUAUAUAACUACGAGUAACUUAUGUACGAUUACGGGAGGUUUCCAAAAUCAGCAAAAUCAAGUUAAAACAAAAAUAUAUGGUGCAAAUGAAUCAGUUUUAAAAAAUAAUAAUUUAAAUGCGUUGGAUAACUCUCAUCUCUUGCUUGACUUUAUAAAAACCCCCAAUCAAAGGACUUCGUCCACUGUCGCGGAUCACGAAGAAAGGAAUUAUAAUGAUUGUAGUGUUUUCAAUGAGACAGAAGUACCGUCAAUAGCUGUAACAUCUGCUGAUGACUCACAUUCACCACCAUUACUGAUAACAGAACCGAUAACAAGUGAAUUUGGUAAUCGAAGUUUGACAGCACAACAGUCGCUCGAUGUCCCUCUAGGUUUAACUGAAGAAGAUGACAAUCGUAGUCAGCAUUCUUUUCGCACGCUAUCAUCAUCACGUCGUCAAAGCACUGAGGAUAGCAUUGAUACAGAUGAUGAAUACUUUUGUUAUGAGCUAAGGCAGUUGGAAGAAUUGGAACAACAACGAAAAGCUGAAUACCUAGAUGAAAGUGAUAAGAAGUUAAGAGUAGAUAUACCCCUGGUUGAAAAUGUGCAAUUGUUUUCACAAAUCGAUCAAUUGACGCUGAAAAGCACAAUUUGCUACAAUAAUUCCCAACAUACAAAUUCAUAUCCUACAUCUGAUAGUGGCAAUAAAGUUUUCAAUAAUACCGGUUUACCAUUUUCCGAUGAAAACGAACCAAACAAAACUAUCAAACAGCUUAUGUCUGAAGUCCUAAGAGAAUUGAAAUAUGUUGUCAAGGAAAUUCCAGCAAUGGACAACGCCAAAGUGGAGACAGCAUUUAAAGUAGUGACCACGAAAUCUUCACACAAUCGCUGCUUUUCCACGAAAUCUUCCUCCAGUAACUUUGAACGUGUGACGAAAGUUACUGAUUUGCAUAGCGCAUGGCAAGAUAUCAAUGGAGAUGAUUCGCCAAAUGGGUAUUCUGAUGUGGAUGCUGAGGAAAAAGCUGUGGAGGAAACUGGUAGCAGUGAAACUAUGAAUGAAGGCACUAAGAUGAUCUUCAUAUGCGCUGAUAAUGUAGCACCCAAUAAAUUCGCAAAAUGUCAUAACCUUCAACAGCACCAGCCAGAACAGAAAACACAGUAUAUCAGUGGCGAACGUGUAGCUCAAAAUAAGCGUUUUCGCAAACGACGUGAUCGCCGACGUAUGGCCGAUAAUCACAACGAUAAGGAGAAUGAAGCAUAUAAUCAUGAGCUGCAACAUCAACAUAUGACUAGCUCUUCAUAUUCAUCUGAAGAGGAAGUGGCCAGCGGAAUCAAUCUUUAUAAAGAAAAGUCAAAAGUUAGUCACGGGCGUGGUAGCAGUAGCAGUGAUAAGCAUAAACGGGCAACCAUAGCUAGAAUUAUACAAAAUGAAAACGAAAGCACUAGCAAACCAACGCAAAAUGACCUAUUGCUAAAUCCUGCUAUGAAAUCAUAUGUAAUGGACGAAGAUGCAUAUGUUGAUGUUAACGAGGCUGAUGAUGUAAAAAAUGUAAGCAUGUCAUCCGGUGCCACACUUGGUCCAGAUACACCAGCUGAACUAAGUGAGGAACUGGAAGGCGACCAGAGUAUUUAUAAGACGGUUCCAAGUUAUCAAGCAUUUAAAAGCAAUCAAGAAACCAUUGAGGUAUCUAAUGACAGCGUGAGGGUGGACCAAAAUUUUGCUGAUGCAGAGGACGAACAUACAGGGUUUGAAAUUAAUCAUGUAACCACUCCAACUGUUAACCAGAUUCAUGAGCAUUUAACAGAAAUUGAGAAAGAAACAGAAGACAACACACAAAUGGAAACACUUCUAUUAAGCCAUGAUUCUAGUGCUGAAGUUAAUGGGAUACAAGGUACAAAUAUCAAUACAUCAGUACUUGGGAGUAGCAAAUGGAAACUACUGAAAACUCUCAAGGAACGUAAAAUCGAAGAAAAAAAUUAUCAAGUUAAAGCUAAAGACGACGAACUUAGUAAAGAUCGGGAAAAGAAUGGCAGUGGACCUGGAGAUAUUGGCAUACGGGGGAGCGGGCACCCGGGGGACAAUCCAUUCUACAGUAACAUUGACAGUAUGCCGGAUAUACGUCCUCGUCGGAAAUCCAUUCCACUUGUGUCAGAACUUGUGCUCAAGACAAUGGCAGCCACCAAGCGCAAUGCCGGAUUAACAUCAGCCGUACCGCGAGCCACCCUGAAUGACGAAGAACUGAAAAUGCACGUAUACAAAAAGGCUCUACAAGCGCUUAUUUAUCCAAUUUCAUCAACAACGCCACAUAAUUUCGUACUGUGGACUGCAACAUCGCCAACUUACUGCUACGAAUGUGAGGGACUACUAUGGGGCAUCGCUCGGCAGGGAGUUCGGUGUACAGAAUGUGGCGUAAAAUGCCAUGAAAAAUGCAAGGAUCUCUUAAAUGCUGACUGCUUGCAAAGAGCCGCUGAAAAAAGCUCAAAGCAUGGAGCUGAAGACAAAGCCAAUUCAAUUAUAACAGCUAUGAAGGAUCGGAUGAGGCAGCGUGAACGUGAAAAACCCGAGAUUUUCGAAUUAAUCCGCGCGGUAUUCAGCGUAGAAGAGAAAAGUCACACAGGUCACAUGAAAGCUGUUAAGCAAAGCGUUUUGGAUGGUACUAGCAAAUGGUCGGCUAAAAUUGCAAUAACAGUGAUAUGUGCUCAAGGCCUGAUAGCGAAGGAUAAAAGCGGUACCAGUGAUCCCUAUGUGACGGUGCAAGUUAGCAAGGUGAAAAAGCGUACACGUACAAUGCCGCAGGAAUUAAAUCCUGUGUGGAAUGAGAAGUUUCACUUCGAGUGUCACAACUCAUCAGAUAGGAUAAAAGUUCGCGUCUGGGAUGAAGACAACGAUCUGAAAUCGAAAUUGCGUCAGAAGUUAACUCGAGAAUCUGAUGACUUUUUGGGUCAAACAAUCAUCGAAGUACGCACACUUUCCGGUGAAAUGGAUGUUUGGUAUAAUUUAGAGAAGCGUACGGACAAAUCAGCAGUAUCUGGUGCCAUACGCUUACAUAUUUCGGUGGAAAUCAAGGGAGAGGAAAAGGUCGCUCCCUAUCAUGUACAAUAUACAUGUUUGCACGAAAACAUUUUUCAUUAUUUGUGCGAAGAAAAUUGCGGUAUGGUUAAAUUACCACAACAGAAGGGAGAUGAUGCCUGGAAGCUUUAUUUUGACGAAAUUCCCGAGGAGAUCGUUGACGAGUUCGCUAUGCGCUAUGGCAUUGAAAAUAUAUACCAAGCAAUGACGCACUUUCACUGCCUGUCUACCAAAUAUUUAUGCCCUGGAGUUCCGGCUGUAAUGAGUACGUUAUUAGCAAACAUCAACGCAUAUUAUGCGCAUACAACAGCAUCAUCAGCCGUAUCCGCAAGUGAUCGUUUCGCCGCUAGUAACUUUGGGAAAGAAAAAUUCGUAAAACUAUUGGAUCAACUACACAAUUCACUACGAAUUGAUCUCUCUAUGUAUCGCAACAAUUUUCCAGCGUCUAGUCAAGAAAAACUAAUGGAUCUCAAAUCAACUGUUGAUUUGUUGACCAGUAUCACAUUUUUUCGUAUGAAGGUUCAAGAACUCUCUAGUCCACCACGAGCGAGUACAGUUGUCAAGGAUUGCGUGAAGGCUUGUCUUAGAUCCACCUAUCAAUUCCUGUUCGAAAAUUGUUAUGAACUCUAUAAUAGGGAAUUUCAGGUGGAUCCAAACGAAGCAAAACGUGACUCUGACGACCACGGCCCUAAAUUGGAUAACGUUGACUUCUGGCAUAAGCUAAUCGCACUAAUUGUGUCCGUGAUCGACGAAGAUAAAAAUAGUUAUGGUACCGUACUGAACCAGUUUCCACAGGAAUUGAAUAUUGGGCAGCUAUCUGCAGCGACGAUGUGGAGUCUAUUCGCUGUCGAUAUGAAGUAUGCAUUAGAAGAACACGAACAGCAUCGCCUUUGUAAAUCGUCGGCAUAUAUGAAUCUACAUUUUCGUGUAAAAUGGCUCUACAGCAAUUAUGUUAAAGAGGUGCCACCAUAUAAGGGUGCUGUUCCCGAAUAUCCAGCCUGGUUUGAGCCUUUCGUCAUGCAAUGGUUAAACGAAAAUGAUGACGUAUCCUUAGAAUAUUUGCAUGGUGCAUUCAACCGUGAUAAGAAAGAUGGGUUCCAAAAGAGUAGUGAGCAUGCCUUAUUUUCCAACUCAGUUGUUGACGUAUUUACACAGUUGACACAGUGUUUCGAUGUUGUUAGCAAACUCGAGUGUCCGGAUCCAGAAAUCUGGAAGCGUUACAUGAGGCGUUUUGCUAAAACAAUCGUAAAAGUACUGAUUGCAUAUGCCGAUAUCGUCAAGAAAGAGUUUCCUGAUCAUAUGAAAGAUGAAAGAAUUGCAUGCAUACUUAUGAAUAAUAUACAGCAACUGAGGGUUCAAUUAGAAAAAAUGUUCGAAUCAAUGGGUGGAGAUAAGCUGGAGGAAGAUGCUGCGAAUAUACUUAAAGAAUUACAACAGAACCUAAAUAUGGCUUUAGAUGACUUGGCAUCCCAGUUCGCUGUCAGCCUUGAGCCGCGUAUAACACAGUCCGUACGAGAGUUAGGAGAUCUCCUGCUUUCUGUUAAAGGAGGUAAUAAUAUGAAUUUCAAUCAAGCAGCGCAAGGAAAUGUUGUUGCAGUUGAAGCUGAUGAGGUCCUCCGACCACUGAUGGAUUUGCUAGAUGGUUCAUUAACCCUUUAUGCUCAAUCCUGUGAAAAAACUGUACUUAAACGGUUGCUCAAAGAGCUAUGGAAAAUUGUUAUGCGCAUUUUGGAGAAGACGAUCGUGUUACCUCCAAUGACUGAUAAAAGCAUGAUGUUCAAACACCUAACGGAUAAUGCUAAGAACCUUGCUUCGAAUGCCAAAAUUGAAGAUAUGGGUAGAUUAUUCAAAAGUCAUAUGUCUGGCAAACAAGAUGUUAAGAGUGCUCUUAGUGGUGUUAUGGAUAUUUCCAAGGAGGUCGAAAAAAAUUUGUCACCUAAACAAUGUGCUGUAUUAGAUGUUGCCUUAGAUACCAUCAAGCAAUAUUUCCAUGCUGCUGGUAAUGGACUGAAAAAAACAUUUCUUGAGAAGUCGCCAGAGUUACAAAGUUUACGAUACGCUUUAAGCUUAUACACUCAAAUGACGGACACACUUAUUAAGACUUUUAUCUCCAGCCAAGUUCAUGAAAUUGAUCCUGAAAAUCAAGAGGAAAGUGUUGGUGAAAUAUCGGUACAAAUUGAUCUCUUCUCACAUCCCGGCACCGGCGAGCACAAAGUUAAUGUAAAAGUUGUCGCUGCAAAUGAUAUAAAAUGGCAAAUUGCGUCAGGGAUGUUUCGUCCAUUUAUUGAAAUUAAUUUGAUCGGACCACAUUUACAGGAUAGGAAACGUAAAUUUGCAACAAAGUCCAAGUCGAACAAUUGGUCGCCAAAAUAUAAUGAAACAUUUAAUUUCACAAUUGGCAACGAGGAGCAGUUGGAGUUUUUUGAAUUGCAUAUCUGUGUUAAAGACUACUGCUUUGCUAGAGAAGACCGCCUAGUAGGUGUUGCUGUAAUACCAUUAAAAGACAUAUCGGAAAAGGGUUCGGUUGCUUGUUGGCUACCCCUGCAGCGUCGUAUACACAUGGACGAGACGGGUUGGACGAUUUUACGCAUUUUAUCACAACGUAAUAAUGAUGAGGUCGCCAAAGAGUUUGUGAAACUUAAAUCAGAAAUACGCCAGGAACCUCUAGUUGGGACAUAACUCAGUUAGAAAAACCAGAAAAACGUGCUGUACUAAUUAAAAUAAAUAUUUAUUUAAUUAGGUAAGCUGAAAGAUAGUAUUUAAUGUAAAAAAUAUUAAUUGUUGUACAUGCAUAUACAUAAUUAUAAAAAUAUUGCAAAUAAAUAGUAUGUUAUAUAUAUAAAAUAAAUAAUAUUAAAUGUAAUACUGUAUGUUACUGCAAGCUUAUUAGUAUUAUUAUCUGAACAAUGCAAACAAUACUUAUAUUCUGCUUCAUCAUAACCGAACAGAUAUAUCACAUUAACAAUAAUAAUAAUUCUUACUGUUACAAUAAUGAAUGGUUUUAAAUUGUAAUUGCUGCACACUAUUAAAACAUAAAAACCAAAUAUACAAUAUUUAGCAAUAUACAAUAGCUUAACAUUAUAUAAUAACGAAAUUCGUAAGAAUUAUGUCUUUAUUAGCAAAAUUAAUAUCUAAAUGAGUUAUGGUAUCCAUUAACAAAAUCAAACAACUACCAUAAAUACAUAGUAAACUAUACCGCGCUGAUCCUCUGAUCCGAGGUGGUGGUCGUAACCGGAAAAAACCAAUUUUGUUUGAUGUACGCUUUUGAUAAAUUUUUGCUUAGUUAUAUUUUGAAAUUUUUUGGCAAACAACCAUAUCUGCCAAAUAAAAAUUUUCACAAUCCACAAAAAUAUUAUAUAAACGUUUUUUGUUAAUAAUAAAUAUCCUAUGUCCCUUCUAAUACCAUUUGGAUUAUGGUGUACAAAGUUU